AUGGGGCUAGUGGCUGCAAGUGGAGAUGGAAUGAAUGCUCUGAGCCGACAGUGCGGUUCAUUGCUGAGGCGGGAGGGGCAUCCUAGGGAGGGUGCAGUGGGGGGCCUGCCUGCCAGACACCCUCAGAGAGCCUGUCCUUUCAAGCAUGAACCAGACCAUCUGGGCUCCCCCACUCCCAGUGUGCUCUUAGCUCUGCCCGCCUGGCGUGGGGUCCUGGAGCCCUUCUUGGAGCUCAUCCAGCAACCAUCAUGCAGGGUGGUGCUGGGGACCACCCUAUUACUGGGAUGUGGAGGCCUUGUGUUGUGGAUGCAGAGGAAGAGGAAAAGGAAGACAGAUUCUGAGACCACACAAGAGGUGCAGGAGCCAACAGACAGUGAAAAAUUGAAUGAUGAGAGUUGGAUCAAAUCGCACUUUAGCCGUCUUUCCGAGGAGAAGCUGGCCGCCAGCAACACUGCCUGCCUCAACACCGCUGGGCCCAGCAGCUCCGCCGCUGCUCCGCAGCCGGACAGUGGCAGUGGGGAGGCCAGCACCACGAUUCGCGUGGAGACCUUCACCACGCGGCAAGGAGAUGAGGGCAUGGCCCUUCACCGGGAGUCCUUCACCAGCAAGCAGAGAAUGUCUGGGACUUCCGUGACCAAAGAGACCCACAAGGAGUCUGGGAAGUCCUCGUCCGCAGAGGAGGCCACGUGGGCCGCCGUGGCAGCCUGUACCAAGGAGAUUGACACCAAGGGGCAGCAGCUGGCUAACUCCAUGUUGCAACGGGCCACAGCCUGCCAGAACUCGGGCCACCUGGAGACCAAGGACAUCAACCAGGAGGAGCUGAAGGCCCUCGAGGAGGUGGAGAUGAAGCUGAAGGGGAAUUUCCUCACCCAGCAGGAAUCCACCGUAGCUGGCGCCAACCACACGCACACCUACCACAGCCACUGCCGCCAUGGCCACCAGGGUUAUGCAAACCACCAGUCCCACAGCCUGCCCAACCGCAGCCCCCAGGGCUACCACCCCUUUAAAGCCACCUAACCACAGAUGGAGAUGCCCCUUCCCCCCGCAGGGCUGGCACACAAACACAGGCAUUCUGUGUGGCCCAUUUCUCUGAUGGGGCAACCUAUGUGGCCCAGAGUAAGAUGCUGCUGCCCAAGUGCCUUCUUCCUCAGGCCCCCUACAAGGGGUCCCGGGCCCCUUCAGCUCCAUGAGUGGGGUCUGCCCCUGAUGGCCCCUGAUGAGGGAGAGCUGGGGAGAAUUGAGGUAACUGAGGCAGACUCACAGGCCCCUGAAGAACGCCUGAGAGAAAAUGGGAGAGGCAGAUCCCAGGAGCAGCCGAGAGCAGCACACUGAUGCCAAAUGCCUGAGCUGAGCCAAUAAAGCCUUGCAUACCCUU